AUGGAUGAUAAGUUAAUAUUGUACAAAGCUUAUUUAAGUACAUGGAGCAAGGAGUGUGAUACUGAUAUGGGGGCGAGUUCUUUCGUUCGUCAGCGACGCACAUCUCUCGGCAGCAUUUUAAAGUUGACACUGCACACCUGGCAGAGUGUAGCAGCAUCAGCAAGACGACCCACGGGACUAGUCUUUGCCGGGCUCCUGUGUUUCCUGGCCGGCUGCGUAGCUGCGAGCGCGGAAGUAUGGUCACAGGGGCGCAAACCUAAGGCAGCUCAGUAUCACACGCAAGACUCUCAGAGCGGCGCUUAUCAGUACGGUUACACCGGGCCGCAUCACGCCAAAUCCGAAUCCAGUUUCAACGGUGUCACUCGUGGCGGUUACUCGUACAUCGACGCAAAUGGCCUAAUGCAGACAGUGUCUUACACAGCCGACGCCGAGAACGGGUUUCGCGUGCAGGCAAGUAACCUACCGAAUGGUAACUCGCUGAGCCCGCUGUCAGACACAGCCGAGGUAGCAGUGGCGAAAAAGCGCCACCUCGAGCAGUCGCGCAAAGCCGAGCCUGCGACGUGGCAGGAACCCCAGCAGCUCGACGACGAGCAGGACGACGACCAGCACCGUCGACAGCAGCAACAAGCGCAGCCGUUCCUGCUGUCGGCCGAGGAGGCUCGGGACUUGCCCGCGCCGCGGCCCGGCAACGCCAACGCCAUCGUCGUGGAGGCUGGCAAAGCCGAGCCAGUGGCGAUGGCCGCUCGCUUCAGUACCGCGAGCGCCAGCCUGCAUCGGCACCACCUGAUCGUGCCGGCGAUGUUCGCGGUGCCGAUGCCUCUGGUGCACAGCUCCAUGAGGCACAGCCAGGACUCGCUCGGCCAGUACGAGUAUAGCUACACCGGCGACACCUCGGCCAAGACGGAGUCGCGCUCGCUAGACGGCACGACCCGCGGCGCCUACAGCUACAUCGACGCCAACGGGCUGCUGCAGCAGGUGCACUACAUCGCCGACAAAGACGGCUUUCGCGUGCUCGCCACCAAUUUGCCCCAGGCAUGA